AUGAUUUCGGAGAAAAGGAAACACGGCAAGGACAAGGCCCACCGGAAGGGAAAACAGCGGGAAGGGGAAGAGGAGGUCUCGGAAAUCCUCCACAACGGGGAUCAUGAAGAUAAUGAAGAGCAUGGUGGCGAAAGCGACUGCAAUGGUCACUCCCUCUCGCCCCUAAUCGAGGCACACAACCUCUUCGAAGGAGAUGCAGCUAGCGAAAAUAGUGAACAGGAAAAUAAAAAGAAGAAGAAAAAAAAAAAAAAAAAGAGAGAGGAAGACCAGGAGGGGGAGGCCCCCCAAACGGACAUAAACGGCCCAAAUUAUCAGGUGGAGGAAGAUCAAGUGGGUAACCACGAUGAGCAGGAUGAGGAGGAGGCGAAGAAGAGGAGAAAGGAGGAAAAGAGAAGGCACAAGGAGGAGAAAAAGAGACUCAAAGAGGAGAAGAGAAGACUGAAAGAAGAGAAAAAAAGACUGGAGGAAGAGGCGAUGAACCAAUCGAUGAACCAAUCGAUGAACCAAUCGAUGUCCACGAAAGCACCUCCAACAGAGAGAAAGAAAAAAAGUGUUCGCUUCGAGCAGGAAGAAGUAACCAACGAAGAAAUCCUCAACUACUUCAUUCAGUCGUACAAGGACAAAAUAAGCAUAGAGCACGACGAGUUGUGCCAAGUAAUGACUGGCAAAAAAUUUUUUGACAUAGAACGAUUAGCGAAGAACGCCACGGAAAUUACCCAUCAGCCAUUGAUGCUCCAAAAUAUACAAAAGGAACAACAGAAUUAUUGCAGACAGUGCGGGUACAUUUACAAUUAUGAGGACUACAUGUACAUGUAUAUGAAACGUUUUAAUCUCUCCAAAUUUAAUCAGAGUGGUAAUUGCCUAACUGGAAUAAACCCCUAUGACCCAUUUAGUGGUGCUAUUGAAAAUGCCCAAUUCCAAAACGAAAACUCCAUCAAGUGUAUUUAUUGCGGAGCCGUAAUUGAUACGAUCGAAAUGUAUGACCACUGGAAUGGAAAAGAAAAAUAUAUUGAAUUGAAUUCCUACAGAGAAAAGUAUGUAUUUGAUAAAAAUAAAAAAAGUUAUUGGAAAAAUAAAAUAACCUCCAUUGAAAAAAACGUCUCCUUAUUUAAGGAAGAUCAAAAUCAAGCCUAUAAUAUUACGUAUGAAAAAUGUACAGAUUGUGGUAACGACUUUUUGCAUUUUAUUAAUAUACAGACGAGGAGUGCCGAUGAAGGAUCCACCAUCAUUUAUUUCUGUCCGAAUUGUAAGAAGCAGACAACUGUUAAUAACUAG